UCUUCCUCUUCUUCUUUGCCCUCCAAUCUCUCCAUUUCGAUGGGCUACUCCGGGCUGUUUGCCGUCGUCUACUCGUCUUCCGGAAGUGGCAAAAAUGCAUAUAGUGCGGACUGGAUAAACCAAGAAUUUUUUCACUGGCUUCAUGUACAAUUCUCAUUUAGGAGUACUCUGGUUAGGUAGGACAUCAAGAAGCCGUCCUGUCAUGUCUAGUAUCAAUAUCCUGUCCGACCGAGAGAGGGAGAAAACAUUGCUAUCUUCCUCUAGUGCAGCCUCAAGGACUCAGCAGUAUCAGCAAAAAUGGGGAGGGGGAGAUGGAGUCUCUGCAAGCCUUUUUAUUCAUUGUCGGUAAUCAUGCAGCAAGGAAGCUUUCCAGUAUUAUCCUUUCUUCACUGCACAGUUUUUUUCGUGACAGAAUAGAAAACCUGAUUUAGAAGAACUGUCCUAAGCGACUUCAUCCUCCUAAAGAGCCGAGAAGCACAACCUCACGUUGGAAGAAGAAUUCCUAUGUGGAUAUUGAUAACAAGGAACAAUAGCUUGUCUCAUGCGUUGAAGCGCUGGUGUUCCUCCCUUUCCCGGCAUUCCCUGUCUUGGUUCUCAUCACAUCUGUCAGAAAACUUUGAAAGGAAUGAGGAACAUGAAAGUCAAAUUGCAUAUGAUAUUUUUAAGGCUUCCCCUAGAUGGGGCUCUUACACAAGAGGGGAUUCUUCCUACUAUCUGAUUGUUGAGAAGUAUGCGAGUUCAGGAGAUUUCAUUUCAUUAGGGCAGGUUUUUGAUCGCAUGAAGAAGGAGAAUCGUGUUUUCUCAGAGAAGAUCUUCAUACUUGUUUUCAGAGCGUAUGGGCAUGCUCACCUUCCCAAUGAAGCCAUCUAUUUAUUCAAUUCAAUGUAUCAUAAAUACAAGUGCAGACCAACCAUACGAUCAUUCAACUCAGUUCUGAAUGUCAUUGUAAAAUCAGGUCUGUUCGAGCAGGCAUACCAGUUUUAUUGCCGGUGCUUGAGAAACGGUUUUUCACCAAAUGUGCUUACUUUUAAUCUGGUUAUUAAAGCUUUGUGUAAAAAGGGUUCAACUGACUUGGCUAUCGAGUUAUUUAGGGAGAUGCCUGUCAGGAAAUGCAAGCCUGAUGCAUUUACAUACAGUACAUUGAUGGAUGGAUUGUGCAAAGAGGAUAGGAUAGAGGAGGCGAUUGCAUUGUUGGAUGAAAUGCAGGUGGAGGGUUGCUUUCCUACAUCAGUCAACUAUAAUGUGCUUAUCAAUGGUCUUUGCAAAAAUGGUGAUUUGAACAGGGCAUCCAAUCUUAUUGAAAAUAUGCUGCUUAAAGGGUGUGUUCCAAAUGAGGUCACUUAUAAUACACUUGUCCAUGGUCUAUGCAUUCAGGGGAAGAUAGAGAAAGCGGUUCACCUGUUGCAAAAGAUGGUUUCAAGCAACUAUGUGCCUAAUAUCGUGACUUAUAGCACAAUAGUGAAUGGUCUUGUGAAGAUUAGGAGGUCUAUGGAUGCACUACAUAUUUUGUCGCUCAUGCUGGAGAAGGGAUGCCAACCAAAUGUAUUUACGUACUCAGUCCUUGUUAGUGGAUUGUUUAAGGAGGGCAAUGCAGAAGAAGCAUUGAAAUUGUGGAGGGUGAUGAUGGAUCAAGGAUGCAAUCCAAAUGUCGUUCUGUACAGCACUCUAAUUGAUGGGCUCUGUAGGGAAGGUAAACUGUUUGAAGCUAAGGGGGUUUUGAUGGAGAUGACAGAAAAUGGUUGUCCACCUAAUGUUACGACAUAUAGCUCAUUAAUACAAGGGUGUUUUAAGACUGGGAACAGCGAGGAAGCAAAUCUUUUAUGGAAGGAAAUGAUGGCAAAUGGUUGUUCUCCUAAUGCUGUUAGUUACAGCAUACUGAUUGAUGGUCUCUGUGGGGAAGGAAAGAUAGAUGAGGCACUUACAGUGUGGAAAUACAUGAUUGAUGAUGGAGUUAAGCUGGAUGUUGUUGCAUAUGGUACGCUUAUGCAUGGCCUUUGCAGUGGUGGUCGGGUUGAAGAGGCUCUCAAACUACUAAAUCAAAUGCUAUGUGAAGGUUGUGGACCGGAUGUCGUUACUUAUAAUAUCUUGUUUAAUGCUUUGUGCAAACAAAACAAACUACCCCAUGCUAUCAACUUGCUAAAUGCAAUGAUCGACAGAGGUGUCGACCCAGACAUGGUUACAUGUAAUACCUUCCUGCGGAGUCUCUGGAAUGUUGAAGCACUAAAUGUUGCUUCCAAGUUUAUGGAUGAACUAAUCUGUAAAUUAUAUUAUAGAGGAAGGUUGAUCGCUGCUAGUAAAGUACUAGAAAUAAUGUUGCAAAAAGUGCUUGUUCCAAAUGCUCAUACAUGGGAGAUAAUACAGGGCAUUUGCAAGCAUAAAAGAGUGCAAAUUGCCAUUGAUAGGUGUUGGAAAGAACUUUUUGCUUGAUUCUUUCCAUGUAAUCCAUUAUUUGUUGUCAAAUAGUUUGGCUUCAUAAUUCAUUGUGAUAUCUGAUUCAUUGUCUCUUCUGAGAUAUCCGAUAUUU